AUGCGUGUCUCCGCCAUCGUCAUGACCGCCUUUGCGGCGCUCGUCUCCGCGGCCUGCCCUGGCUCCGAGGAAGUGAAGCCGUGGCCGUGCAAGGCUGGCUCGUUUUCGUGCUUGGAUGGCGACAAGAUUGCCGCGUGCGGCCGGGACCUCAACAGCUGGUCGAUCACGAACCACUGUGGCGAGAACCAGUCCUGCCAGAAACAACCGUUAAACCCAUCUACUCAGCCCAAGAAUCAUGACUCCUAUGCUGUGGGAGCGAAACGACACGUCGGAAACAUCGUCGGGAAGGGCUGUAUGGAGAGCAGGAAAUGGGGGGGAAACUGUGGGCCGUGA